CCUUCCUAUUUUCUUUCACCCCUACCAAACACGGAAUAAAGAAAGUUUCUUUUCUCAUUCUCUCAUCCCGUGAAGCUGCCCUAAGCAAACGGACGAAACCUCUUCAGUCUACCUCCCCACUUUCUCCGUCAACAGUCGCCGUCCUGUUCAGUCUUCGGUGAACGGCCGGCGUGAACAGCCGCUGCAAGUAGAUAGGUUUGUCAAACCAACGAUCGCGUAAAAUCGAUGAUUCCCAAUUCUUAUGAACUCGUUCAGAAUUGAGAUUGCACCAGAACCAGUCCCCCCUUUCUUCCGCAUUAGGAUACGAUUUCACGUAACUAGCAACAUAAUUCCCAAUUCUUAAGAACUCGUUCAGACAUAAAACAACGCUGUAUUUCAUGAACCUGAACCCCUCAAACGAGACCAUGUCCAAAGACUAGACAAGACUUGCAUUCUUCUGUUAACAUUUUGUGCUAAAAGAAAAACCAAAUAGGCAAGCAUUUUUUUUGUUCCUUUUCAUUCAUUGCUAAUGCUGAUUGGUUUUUUGUUUUGUGUGGAUAGUCUGUUCGGUCUCCCUUAGGUUGUACCAUGGAUCCUCAAAGUUUGCCUGCCAUGCCUUUUCAAUUCCGGCCUCCUGUUCCCGCACAGCAGUCACAACAAUUCAUUCCUGUGACUUCUCAGCAUUUUCAGCCUGUUGGGCGAGGUGUUCCACCCAUGAACGUUGCAAUGCCUCCUGGUCCUCCUCAAGCUCCUCAGCCCUUUUAUUCCCAACAAGUGCAGCAGUUUCCACCACAACCAAUGCCAUUGCCAAUUGCUCAUCCGAACAGCCACCCCUUGCCAGUUGCUCAUCCAAACAAUCAUCUCUUCCCAGUUGGUCAUCCUCAGCAUAGUGCUCAAACUCCAAACAAUUUCACUCCUAAUAUAGUUGGCCCAGGGACACCUCUCUCUUCAUCAUAUACUUUCGCCGCUUCCUAUGGUCAAAUGCAAAGAGGUUUCAGUGAUUCCACCCAGUAUCAAUCAAUACAAAUGCAUGUGGUAAAUGUUUCUUCAGAAGGGCAGCCUAUGUUAUCAGCUCAAAGCCAAAGCAGUGUUCCUGUUACAUCCCAGCAUCAGACUAUUGAAAAGCCUUCAAUGACAAACAUCAGUGCUCCAGUAUCCAAUGUUCAGCUCAACCUCAUCCAAUCAGAGUGGUUAGAACACACGUCUCCUGAUGGAAGAAAAUACUACUACAAUAGGAGGACAAAACUUUCCAGUUGGGAGAAGCCGGUGGAUUUAAUGACCCCCAUUGAGAGGGCAGAUGCAUCAACUAACUGGAAGGAAUUUACUAGCCCUGAUGGAAAAAAGUAUUACUACAACAAAGUCACCAAAGAGUCAAAAUGGGUGAUGCCUGAGGAGCUGAAGUUGGCGCGUGAGCAACUAGCGAAUGUAUCUCUCAAGGAAUCACAAGAUAAAGCAAAUGUAUCACUCAAGGAUCCACGAGAGAAAGAAAGUUGGCCUGCCUCUGAUACUGUUUCUUCUCCAAAGGUUGAAUCUGCACCCUAUGUCGAUACAUCCUCCAAAGCCCAAGGAAUAGCAUCAAGUCCUGUUUCAGUGGAACCUAUUUCAUCUGCUGGUGAACAGCAAGCUGUGGUGGUUUCAAGAUCAUCUUCCUCCCCUGUUGCAGCUCCCACUACAAAAGCAAGUGUUGAUGGAUAUCAUAGCUCUAUUAGUGUUCCUUCUACAUCUAACACUUCGACUGAAGGCAUUGGUGCUGUCACCACUGCAGUCACAGAACCAAUGAAUAAUAGUGAUAAUUCAGCUCAGGAUUUUACUGCUUCAGCUGGAGUAUCUGCACAUAAAGAGGAAGCAUUAAAAGAUGUAACAGUAGAGAUGAGUAAAGAAAUUGCCGCAGAAGAUAAAACAGUUGAACCAGAACCAUUGGUUUACGCAACUAAGCUGGAGGCAAAAAAUGUAUUUAUGUCGCUGUUGGAAUCUUUUAAUGUUGGAUCUGACUGGACAUGGGAUCGGGCCAUGAGAGUAAUAAUUAAUGACAAAAGGUAUGGUGCUCUGAAAUCACUUGGAGAGCGAAAACAAGCUUUUAAUGAGUUCUUGAAUCAAAGGAAAAAGCUGGAUGCAGAAGAAAGACGGAUGAAGCACAAAAAGGCACGAGAAGAAUUUAAAAAAAUGUUGGAGGAAUCAACAGAUAUUACACCAUCUACACGAUGGAGUAAAUUGGAGAGCUUAUUUGAAAAUGAUGUGCGGUUUAAAGCAGUUGAACGAGAUAGAGACCGGAGGGAGCUGCUUGAGAGCCAUAUUGAGGAACUCCUAAAGAAGGAACGAGAAAAGGCUAUGGAGCAACGUAAGCGCCAUAUAAUGGAAUACAGGCAGUUUUUGGAGUCUUGUGACUUUAUCAAGGUAAACAGCCAGUGGCGAAAACUUCAAGAUCGCUUAGAAGCUGAUGAGAGGUGUUCAUGUCUUGAAAAAAUUGAUCGACUGGAUGUCUUUCAGGAAUAUAUACGUGAUUUAGAGAAGGAAGAGGAAGAGCAGAGGAAGAUACAGAAGGAGGAAUUAAGAAAGGCAGAGCGCAAAAAUCGUGAUGAGUUUCGUAAAAUGAUGGAAGAUCAUGUUGUUGAUGGCACUCUUACAAUAAAAACUCACUGGCGUGAUUAUUUCAUGAAGGUUAAGGACUUGCCUGCAUAUGUGGCAGUUUCAUCAAACACCUCUGGCUCAACUGCAAAAGAUUUAUUUGAAGAUGCUUUGGAGGAGCUUCAGAAACAAUAUCAUGAUGAUAGAACUCGAAUAAAGGAUGCAGUCAAGUCAGGAAAGAUUAUGCUUUCAUCAACCUCAACAUUUGACGACUUCAAACACAUGAUUACAGGAGAGAUUAGCUCGCCGCCAGUAUCUGAUUUCAAUUUGAGGUUUGUUUUUGAUGAGUUACUUGAAAGGGUCAGAGAAAAGGAGGAUAAAGAGGCUAAAAAGCGUAAACGCUGUAUGGAAGAUUUUUCUGAUCUGCUGUCUUCUACUAAGGAUAUAACAGCAUUGUCUGGAUGGGAGGACUGCAAACAGCUUUUUGAAAAUAGUCAAGAGUACAGUUCCAUUGGUGAUGAGAAUCUCUGCCAGCAGAUAUUUGAGAAGCAUGUAACACAACUUAAAGAGCGGGCAAAAGAGAGAGAGCAGGCGAAAGUGAAGGAGCAGAAAAGAAAGGAAGAAAAGACAAGGAAGGAAAAGGAGAGAAAUGAAGGAGAACGAAGCAAGUUCAAGCACAGAAGGGAAAAAGAGGAGCACUUGGAGAAAGAUGUAUCUGACAAUGAAAAUUUUGAUGCUGAAGGUCAUUUGAACAAAGAUAACAAAAGGUCAGGGAAAGACAGUAGUAGGAAGCAUAGGAAGCGACAUCACAAUUAUGACGACGGUGCAGAUGAAAACGAGAACGAUCAGUUAAAGAAAUCACAUGGUUCUAGUAGCAGCCACAAGAAAUCAAGACGGCAUACAUCUGCUUCUGAAUCCGAUCAAGAAAGCAGGAGUAGAAGACAUAGGAGAGAUCAUCGGCAUAGUUCUCGUAGAAGUGGUGAUCUUGAAGAUGGAGAAUUUGGUGAUGGCCGGGAGGAUUCAUAAUUGUUUUCAUUCUGGUAAUUGCGCUUCUUUUGACCUUUUUUUUUUUUUUUUUUUCAUAAUGCUGGUAAGAUAUUUGUUGUUUAUUUUUACAAGGAUACUAGCCAACUAGUGUGCCUUUUAACAAAUGUCUUACCAUAAUCCUUUGAAUGAAUAUAUUUGCUAGACAUUAUUUAGUUGGAAAGAUAAUUUUCAUGAAAUGCGUUAUGGGUUCAAGAUGGGAGUUUUAUUAGUUAUUUUUGGAAGGUUUUAAUCUCAUGUAUACAAGCACAUAAAUUUAGUAUCUGAUCAUUCAAUUCGUUAGUGAACUCUUUUUCCUUGCUA